AUGAGUUUCGUCGUCGGAGUCGGCGGAAGUGGUAGCGGCGGAGACGGUGGUGGUAGCCAACAUCACGACGGCUCUGAAAGUGAUAGGAAGAAGAAACGUUACCACCGUCACACCGCUCAACAGAUUCAACGCCUCGAAUCGAGUUUCAAGGAGUGCCCUCAUCCAGAUGAGAAACAGAGGAAUCAACUCAGCAGUGAAUUGGGUUUGGCUCCGAGACAGAUCAAGUUCUGGUUUCAGAACAGAAGAACUCAGCUCAAGGCGCAACAUGAGAGAGCAGAUAACAAUGCUCUAAAGGCAGAGAACGAUAAGAUUCGAUGCGAGAACAUAGCCAUUAGAGAAGCUCUCAAGCAUGCUAUAUGCCCAAACUGUGGAGGUCCUCCUAUUAGUGAAGAUCCUUACUUUGAUGAGCAAAAGCUUCGGAUUGAAAAUGCACAUCUCAGAGAAGAGCUUGAGAGAAUGUCGACCAUUGCAUCAAAGUACAUGGGAAGACCAAUCUCCUCCCAGCUCUCAACGCUACAUCCAAUGCACAUCUCACCGUUGGAUUUGUCGAUGACUAGUUUAACCAAUUGUGGUCAAGGUUCCUCAUUGGAUUUUGAUCUUCUUCCAGGGAGCUCAAUGUCUUCCGUUACUAAUAAUCUUCAGUCUCAGCCUAACUUGGCUAUAUCUGACAUGGACAAGCCUCUCAUGAACGAGAUUGCUUUGACUGCUAUGGACGAACUGCUUCGUCUUCUUCACACAAACGAGCCUCUCUGGACUAGAACAGAUGGUUCUAGAGACGUUCUCAAUCUUGGAAGCUAUGAGAAUCUUUUCCCAAGAUCAAGUAACCGAGUGAAGAACCAUAACCUUAGAGUCGAGGCGUCUAGGUCUUCUGGUAUUGUUUUCAUGAAUGCUAUGGCACUUGUCGACAUGUUCAUGGAUUGUGUCAAGUGGGCAGAGCUGUUUCCUUCAAUCGUUGCAGCUUCUAAAACACUUGCAGUGGUUUCUCCAGGAAUGGGAGGUUCCCAUGAGGGUGCAUUGCAUUUGAUGUAUGAAGAAAUAGAGGUUCUUUCGCCAUUAGUAGCAACGCGUGAGUUCUGCGAGCUGCGUUACUGUCAGCAGAUUGAACAAGGAAGCUGGAUAGUUGUGAAUGUCUCAUAUGAUCUUCCUCAGUUUGCUUCCCAUUCUCAGUCCUACAGAUUUCCAUCUGGUUGCUUGAUUCAGGACAUGCCUAAUGGAUAUUCCAAGGUUACUUGGGUUGAACAUGUCGAAACCGAAGAGAAAGAACCGGUCCAUGAUCUAUACAGAGAGAUGAUUCACAAAGGGAUUGCUUUUGGAGCUGAACGUUGGGUCACCACUCUCCAGAGAAUGUGUGAAAGAUUUGCUUCUCUCUUGGCACCAGCAUCAUCAUCUCGUGAUCUCGGUGGAGUGGUUCCAUCUCCAGAAGGGAAGAGAAGCAUGAUGAGGCUUGCUCAGAGAAUGUUUAGCAACUACUGCUUAAGUGUCAGCAGAUCUAACAACACUCGCUCCACCGUUGUUUCGGAACUGAACGAGGUUGGAGUCCGUGUGACUGCACAGAAGAGCCCUGAACCAAACGGCACUAUCCUCUGCGCAGCUACCACUUUCUGGCUCCCAAACUCUUUUCAAACUGUCUUCAACUUCCUCAAAGACGAAAGAACACGUCCUCAGUGGGAUGUUCUUUCAAAUGGAAACCCGGUGCAAGAAGUGGCUCACAUAGCAAACGGAUCACAUCCCGGAUGCUGCAUAUCGGUUCUACGUGCAUCGAAUGCAUCACAGAGCAACAACAUGCUGAUACUACAAGAAAGCUCAAUAGACUCAUCAGGAGCACAAGUGGUGUACAGUCCGGUGGAUUUACCAGCUUUGAACAUAGCAAUGAGCGGUGAAGAUCCUUCCUACAUUCCCCUCUCCUCCUCAGGCUUCGCAAUCUCACCAGACGGAAGCCGAAGCAACUCAACAGCAGAGCAAGGAGGAGGAGCCUCCACGAGCUCAGGACGGUCAUCAUCUUCCAGCGGUUUUGGAGGAAGUGAAGGAGGAUCGUUGAUAACGGUUGGUUUUCAGAUAGUGGUGAGCAAUUUACCGUCGGCUAAACUGAAUAUGGAGUCGGUGGAGACGGUUAAUAACCUGAUUGGAACCAUUGUGCACCAGAUUAAAACCGCCUUGAACAACUGUCCUAGUGCAUCAACUAAGCAUGAGACACCAUAUUAA